AUGACGCCAUCUAUAGAGCCAGAGGCUACCCCUUCCAGGUCCGAAAUGGAUCUUGCUGUAGAACCAAACAGUGACAUUCACAGUGACGACCAAGCAUCCAACGAUUCCGGCACAGACACCGACUAUAGUAAUGGACGUAGUUCUCGCUCGGCUCAGGGCCAUGAAUUUCGCCGUCGUGGACCACCAACGUCUCAAAAGAGUACAGCUCCUGACUUGGAAGUCGAAGGCAAAGACAAGGCAAAGGACAAAAAUAUGUGCGUUGAAUCAAGUACCAUCAAGGUCGGUGUACAGUCUGAUCACUCGCAUUCUUGGCAGCCGUUCCACACAGACCCAAACAAACAAGAACGCCGGAAAAACUGA